AGAUCAGUUGUGGGGCCCACAGAGAGGGAGCGGUUGGUGAGGAGGGAUAGAGGGUCUGAGAGAACCGGUCUCAAAUGGGCGCUGACUGACUCGCCCACCGGAGCCUCCGGGCUUCGACAUGCUGGAGGAGCCCCGGUCUCGGCCUCCGCCCUUAGGCCUCGCGGGUCUCCUGUUCUUGGCUUUGUUCAGUCGGGCUCUAAGCAAUGAGAUUCUGGGCCUUAAACUUCCCGGUGAGCCGCCGCUGACGGCCAACACCGUGUGCUUGACCCUGUCCGGACUGAGUAAGCGACAGCUGGGGCUGUGCCUGCGCAGCCCCGACGUGACGGCGUCGGCGCUCCAGGGGCUGCACAUCGCCGUUCACGAGUGUCAGCACCAGCUGCGCGACCAGCGCUGGAACUGCUCGGCACUGGAGGGCGGCGGCCGGCUGCCGCACCACAGCGCCAUCCUCAAGCGCGGUUUCCGUGAGAGUGCUUUCUCCUUCUCCAUGCUGGCUGCUGGGGUCAUGCAUGCUGUUGCCACAGCCUGCAGCCUGGGCAAGCUGGUGAGCUGCGGCUGCGGAUGGAAGGGUAGUGGUGAGCAAGACCGGCUUAGAGCCAAGCUGCUGCAGCUUCAGGCACUGUCUCGGGGCAAGACUUUCCCCAUCUCCCAGCCCAGCCCUGUUCCUGGCUCAGUCCCCAGCCCCGGCCCCCAGGACACGUGGGAAUGGGGUGGCUGUAACCACGACAUGGACUUCGGAGAGAAGUUCUCUCGGGAUUUCUUGGAUUCCAGGGAGGCUCCCCGGGACAUCCAGGCGAGAAUGCGGAUCCACAACAACAGGGUGGGACGCCAGGUGGUAACGGAAAACCUGAAGCGGAAGUGCAAAUGCCAUGGAACGUCAGGCAGCUGCCAAUUCAAGACCUGUUGGAGGGCAGCGCCAGAGUUCCGGGCCAUCGGGGCAGCACUGAGGGAGCGGCUGAGCAGAGCCAUCUUUAUCGAUACCCACAACCGCAACUCUGGAGCGUUCCAGCCCCGCCUACGUCCGCGGCGCCUCUCUGGAGAGCUGGUUUACUUUGAGAAGUCUCCUGACUUCUGCGAGCGAGACCCUACUCUGGGCUCCCCAGGCACGAGAGGCCGGGCUUGCAACAAGACCAGCCGCCUCUUGGAUGGCUGUGGCAGCCUGUGCUGUGGCCGUGGGCACAACGUGCUCCGGCAGACGCGAGUGGAGCGCUGCCACUGUCGUUUCCACUGGUGCUGUUAUGUGCUGUGUGAUGAGUGUAAAGUCACAGAGUGGGUCAAUGUGUGUAAAUGAAGGUGAGCCUCGCCUAGGCACGACGAGGAGGAGAAGCACUGUGUGAGGGCUGCUCUCUUUCAGCCCUUUGCUCGGAUUUCUGUCUAGGGUUUAUCGUGGCUCCCGGAAGCUCAGAGCAUCUGCCUGAGAACAGCUCUGGGGGUGUAGGGUCAGGUGAAAUCUGUAACGAGCAGCCUUUUGUGGGGGAAGUGGCCCCACACUCUGUUCUUAAACACUCGAAUAGACUAAGAUGAAAUGCACUGUACUGUUAGCGUCUUCUCUACCUACAGCUCCCUCGGGCUCAGGUUCCUACUUCCUUUGGAUAGGGAGUCUAUCUUUUGGCCACUCCUCUUCCUCGAAGGAUAAUAGCAGGCAUUGUGUGGAGUCAAUAAGACCCGUAUAUAUAGCAAGAGACCACCUCUUCCUAUUUGUGGUUCUCAAACUCCUCCACUACAGCCCAGAACCUCCUCUUAUGGGACCUCGGGUGACAAUAAUGAGAGGUUUUCGGUUGGAAAAGGACAGAGGGCAGGGAAGCCUCAGACAGCUGUCUUGUCAGGCUCUUGGGAGGCUUCUCCUUCCGUUCAGUUGUUGAAAGGGUCUCUCCAAAGGAAAGGUUUUAGCCAUAACUCUUGGAGGCCCUUUUCCUUCUUCAGCAGGAAGGGUGGGAAUGGAUAAUUUAUUUUACUGAGAUGUGUUCUUGGUUCCUGUUUGAAACUAAAAUAAAUUAAGUUACUGAACUACUGGACUGGCAGUGGCAGAUGGUGAUAUGUCUAGCCACACUCGGGGUAGUAGCCCGUGUUUUUUUCUCUUUCUAGGUGAAGUCUACACUCCUGUACUCAGUGACUUUUUAUGUAUAUCCUGCUGACUUCCACAAAGGAUUUGAAAUGAUGCUCAAAGACUGAGUUUAGGUUUUUAGUCUGUACAAACCAAGGUGGACUUCUGGGUGUGAAGGACUUUUAGAUUCAAAUGUACAUAGACCCUGUUCACCCCGAGCCCUAGGCUCCAGGGUCACCUUCACCAUUACUCAGAACCAAAGCUGGUGCUUGUCUCCCCUGUAAAGGGCUAGAUGGUAGAUACACUAGGCUAUUUAUACUGUGGUCUCUAUGUCGACAACUCACCUCCACCGUACUUACCCAGUUCUGCUGUUAUAGACCCCAAAUAGUUAUGGCAGGGGGUGAAUGAAAGCAGACACAGACCUCACAUAAGCGGAUGGGGAUAGCUGUGUUCAACACAGCUCACAAAGCUGGUGUGCAGGGCCAGACCUUGCCCUCCGACUGUCACUUAUUGAACCCUUUGCUAUACUACAAGGUCAUGUCUGCAAUGGGAGUUUCAGAACUUAAACUUAACAAUUAGGUGGACAAUUAAAGGACAGGUACUGUUGUCUCUAAGUCCAAACCAGAGAAUUGGGCAGGGGUUGGGGGCUGGAGGGUGGGGGUGGGGUGGGGGGAGGGAUGUACAACAAGGGUGAUGGGAAAAAAAUUGAGAGGAUUCCUAUGCUCAAAAUGCAAAAUGUGUCGUUUGUCAGGGAAGAGUCUCACUGUGUACCCCAGGCUAGCCAGGCGGUCAGUACGUACCCUAGGCUGGCUUCAGACUUUCCACUGUGUCUCAUUCUUGAGUUCUGGAAUUGCAUGUAGGCCUUACCACUCCCGGCUAAAAAUUAGAUAAUUUUAGCAAAACUAGCAUUCUCUGCCACUGAAUUAUUUGCAUAUACAUUUUGUCUUUCUUUAUUCAAUGUUCUUUUUUUUUGUAUUUAAUCUGAGUAAAAUAAUUUCUUUAUCUUUUCAA